GUUAAUGUUCAGUCGGUGAAACAACGCAUUUAAAGUGUUAAACGGGACAGAAUGUGGACAGUUUCUGGGCUGUUCCGUGUGGAUUUGUUGGGUUUACUUGGACGGUUCUAACGGUCGUAAAUAUGUUGCUGUUGACAACAAGGCGCCUCCUGGGAAGAGCAGAAACCGUUUAUCAUCCCUUCAAGAGGAUUUGCGGAAACUAUCGUCCCUUUGCUGUGGCGGGACAGAGACUGCGGGUCCUGGUGGACAUGGACGGCGUCCUGGCAGACUUCGAAGGAGGGUUCUUGAAGAAGUACCGGAGCAGGUUCCCUCAGGAACCUUACAUCCGCCUGGAGGACAGAAGAGGGUUCUGGGUGUCGAGCCAGUACGGGCAACUGAGAGCAGAUUUAUGUGAGAAAGCCAUCAGUAUCUGGGAGUCCAAGGACUUCUUCAUGGAGCUGGAUCCGAUGCCAGGAGGCGUGCAGGCGGUCAGAGCCAUGGCAACGAUGGAUAACAUUGAUGUCUUUAUUUGCACCAGCCCGAUAAAACAUUACAAACACUGCCCGUAUGAGAAGUACGCCUUGGAGAAACAUUUGGGUCAUGACUUUCUGGAGCAGGUCAUCCUGACCAGAGACAAGACCCUGAUUAGUGGAGACAUCCUCAUCGACGACAAGCCUGACAUCUUGGGUGUGGAGUCGAGUCCAACAUGGGAGCACGUCCUCUUCACUGCCUGCCACAACAAGCAUCUUCCUGUCAGCGCCUCACAGAGGCGCUUGUCGUCUUGGGCUGAUGACUGGAGGUCCAUCCUUGAUAGCAAAAGGCAAUGAUGGACUGCAGCAUCCAGACUUUGUGGCUGCUGUGAGGUUUGGAGGCCAUGCAUGUAGUGAGUUAAAUAUUAAGAGAUCAAUAGUCAGGAAGAUGAACAUGUGCAACAUUUCAGGAAAAGUAGAGGUCAGACAUUUAAAACACUUUCCCAAUUGGGAAAGGACAUUAUCUUCUGUAACCACAAGGGGGCACUGCAAGAUAGUGUAUGAAGUGGGCUUGGAAACCACCUUUUCUGGUUUUGCUGUAACAGUAUUUGUAACAAAUGAACUGUAAGAGAAAAAGAACAAAUGGUACGUCU